AUGGGUGAUGCCGGGGGUGAGCAGCCGCGGGGCAUCCGCAUCGCGAUCGACCGCGGCGGCACCUUCACAGACUGCGUUGGCAACCCAGGCACCGGCCGCAUGGAAGACGACAUCAUCAUCAAGCUCCUCUCGGAAGACCCAGCCAACUACAAUGAUGCCCCACUCGAAGGCAUCCGACGACUGAUGUCCAAGUUCACAGAUCGGGAGAUUCCUCGAGGAGAGCCACUUGACACUGCCAAGAUCGAGAGUAUUCGCAUGGGCACGACCGUUGCAACGAACGCCCUAUUGGAACGGAAAGGUGAGAAGAUGGCCAUGGUCGUCAGUGCUGGCUUCAAGGACUGCCUCGAGAUAGGCAAUCAGUCGCGGCCUAAGAUUUUCGAUCUUGCGAUUCGGAGGCCGGAUGUUUUAUACCAGAAGGUGGUGGAAGUGGACGAGCGGGUGACGCUGGAAGACUAUGCCGAGGAUCCAAAACGUACGCAAACGGAAGCAGAGGGCAAGACUGAUGAGCAUGAGAGCAAGACUCUGGUCAAAGGCUUGAGUGGCGAGACGGUGAGGAUAUUGAAGCGCCCUGCGAGGGAGAAGAUCAGAGAACAGCUGAAAGAGCUUUAUGGCGAGGGCUUCAGGAGCAUCGCUGUGUGCUUGAUGCACGGCUACACAUUCCCUGCACACGAAGCCCUGGUCGGCGAGGUGGCAAAAGAGCUUGGUUUUGAGCACGUUAGCUUGAGUCAUCAAUUGAUGCCUAUGAUCAAGCUGGUACCGCGCGCGACGUCAGCUUGUGCGGACGCAUACCUGACACCAGCGAUUAAGAAGUACAUCUCGGGCUUCGAAGCAGGUUUCGAGGGAGGUCUCGGCACGGAAAGUGUGAAGAGAGAGUCUGGACAGAAAGGUGCACGAUGCGAGUUCAUGCAGUCGGACGGUGGCCUGGUCGACGUCGACAAAUUCUCUGGCUUAAGAGCUAUCUUGUCUGGCCCUGCUGGAGGCGUUGUCGGCUAUGCUCUUACGUCGUACGACCCUGAGACCAAGACACCGGUGAUUGGUUUCGACAUGGGCGGCACUUCCACUGACGUCUCGAGAUAUGGCUCGGGAAGGUACGAGCACGUCUUUGAGACAACCACGGCCGGCGUCACUAUUCAGUCACCUCAGCUCGAUAUCAAUACAGUAGCAGCAGGUGGCGGCUCUCGUCUCUUUUUCCGCAAUGGUCUGUUCGUUGUCGGCCCAGAGUCAGCCGGAGCCCAUCCUGGCCCAGCCUGCUAUCGCAAAGGUGGGCCAUUGACGGUCACUGACGCGAAUCUGUUCCUCGGACGCCUGCUGCCAGAAUUCUUCCCGAAGAUUUUCGGCAAGAACGAAGACGAAGGUCUAGAUCCCGAAGCAAGCAAAAAGCUCUUCGAGGAACUUACCGAGCAGAUCAACAAAGAGACCGGGAAGGAUAUGUCAGCCGAUGAGGUGGCGUACGGCUUCAUCAAGAUCGCCAACGAGACCAUGACCCGACCCAUAAGAUCUCUUACGGAAGCGAAGGGCCACGAUACCUCACAGCAUCGUCUCGCGACGUUCGGUGGCGCUGGAGGUCAGCAUGCCGUUGCCAUCGCCGAGUCUCUUGGUAUCCGUCAGAUCUUGGUACAUCGGUACUCAUCAGUCCUGUCAGCAUACGGUAUGGCCCUCGCAGAUGUAGUGGACGAGGGCCAAGUGCCAGAGUCACAGGUCUGGGACGCCAAAGAUGGCACCCGGGACGGCCUUAAGUCCAAGAUGAACGAGCUUAAAGAAAGAUCACGCAAGAAGCUCAACGACCAAGGCUUCUCAGACGACAACAUCGAGUACGAAGAGUACCUCAACAUGCGGUACAGAGGCACAGAGUCGGCCUUGAUGGUAGUCAAACCCUUACCCGACGAAGUCAAGGAACAUUUCUCCGGCGACGACUGGGCAUUCGGUAGCGCCUUCAUCAAGCAACACGAGCAAGAAUUCGGCUUCACGCUCCCAGACCGCGACAUCAUUGUCGACGACGUCCGAGUUCGCGGCAUCGGCAAAUCCCAAGGCGGCCUCGAGAAGACCGCAGACCAACAACUCAAAGAUCUCAAGACGUCUCUUGUAUCCUCGGACAAGGCUCACUCGAAGCUGGAUAUAUACUUCGAAGGUGGCCGUCAGACCUCCUCGAUAUACAAGCUGGAGAGCCUCGCCGUGGGUGACAAGGUCCCCGGCCCAGCCAUCAUCGCCGACGGCACCCAAACGAUCAUCAUCCCACCCAACACUUCCGCGACCAUCAUCGCAACCCACGUGGUAAUCAACGUCGGCGACGAAACCUCCCCGAAGAAGCCCUCUCCGACAGAGCUCGACCCAAUCCUCCUCUCCAUCUUUGCCCACCGCUUUAUGGCCAUCGCCGAACAGAUGGGCCGCGCCCUGCAGAAAACCUCAGUGAGCACUAACGUCAAGGAACGCCUCGACUACUCCUGCGCCCUCUUCGACGCCGAAGGCGGCCUCGUCGCCAACGCGCCCCAUCUCCCGGUACACUUAGGCUCCAUGUCCACCUGCGUGCGCACCCAAGCCGCGAUCUGGAAGGGCAAGCUCAAGCGCGGGGACGUCAUCGUCUCAAACCACCCCGAAUACGGCGGCACCCACUUACCCGACAUCACGGUCGUCACACCCGCCUUCUCUGGCGACGAAAUCAUCUUCUACGUCGCCAGCCGCGCCCACCACGCCGACAUAGGCGGCAUCCUCCCCGGCUCCAUGCCUCCCCACAGCCGCGAGCUCUACCAAGAAGGCGCCGCCAUCAAAUCCGAGAAGUUGGUCAGUGAGGGUCACUUCAACGAAAAACGCAUCACCGAGCUCCUCUACGACGAACCCGCCCAGUACCCCGAAUGCAGUGGCACACGCUGCCUGGCCGACAACAUCAACGACCUCAAAGCCCAAGUCGCCGCAAACCAAAAGGGGAUCAACCUGAUCAGCGCACUAAUCGCCGACUACGGCGAAGAAGUCGUGCAGUUCUACAUGAAGGGAAUCCAGUCCAACGCCGAGCGCAGUGUGCGCGAGCUGCUUAAGGACGUGAGCAAGCGCUUUCAGGGGAAAGACCUGCAUGCGAUCGACUACAUGGAUGAUGGGUCGCCGAUCGAGCUCAAAAUCUCCAUCUCUGCGGAAGAGGGCACAGCGACGUUCGACUUCACCGGCACCGGGCCCGAGGUGUACGCCAACAUCAACGCGCCAGAAGCCGUGACGUACAGUGCGAUCAUCUACUGCCUACGCUGCCUUAUCGACCAGGACAUCCCGCUCAACCAAGGUUGCCUGAAACCCAUAACCGUCAACAUCCCGCCCGGCUCAUUCCUCUCGCCCUCGGAGAAAGCAGCAGUGGUAGGCGGCAACGUCCUAACCUCCCAACGCGUCACCGACGUCGUCUUCAAAUGCUUCGAGGCCUGCGCCGCAAGCCAGGGGGACUGCAAUAACUUGACCUUCGGCUAUGGUGGGAACGUCGCAGGCAGCAAAGAGGAGAAGGGAUUCGGGUACUACGAGACCAUCGCCGGCGGCUCCGGAGCUGGACAUAAUUGGGAGGGCACGAGUGGAGUGCAUACGCAUAUGACGAACACUAGAAUCACGGACGCAGAGGUGUUCGAAAGGCGAUAUCCUGUGAUUCUGAGGAGGUUCGAGUUGCGGAGCGGGAGUGGUGGGAAGGGCAGGCAUAGGGGUGGAGAUGGCGUGGUACGGGAGAUUGAAUUUCGGAUUCCGGUGCAGGUCAGUAUUCUGAGUGAGAGGAGGGUGUACAGGCCGUAUGGGCUGCAUGGGGGUGGGGAUGGGCAGUGUGGCAAAAAUGUGUGGGUGAGGCGCGUCAAGAAAGCCAAGAAAGCGGGCGUAGGGGGCGAGACAGAGGGGCAGCGGAGGGAGGAAGGUGUGGAUGGAAAUAAGGCGAGCACCGAGCAGGAGGAAUGGGAGGAGCGCCACGUCAGUAUGGGCGCCAAGAACACGGCGAGCAUGCAGCCUGGUGAGAGGAUUAUUGUGAUGACGCCUGGCGGUGGAGCUUAUGGCGCUGAGGGGAGCGGCGAGAAGAAUGUUGACAAGAAGCAGGAUCCGGAGAGCUGGAAGAAGGGCAGUGUCGCGAGUCGCAUCGCGGAGUGGGAGAGCAGCAGCUGA